AUGGCGACGGCCGAAGACAACGAGAACCGCGGCCCCGAGCUGUUCGCCGUCGGCGUCACGCUCGUCACGGCCGCCGGCAUAGCGAUCCUCCUCCGAUGCUAUGCCCGAAUCUGCCUCGUCAAGAACUUUGGAUUCGACGACUACUGCAUGUUGGCUGCUAUGGUUUUCUUCGCUCUCUUCGUUGCAUGCGCACUCACAGGUAUUCACUAUGGAACGGGACGUCAUUACUGGGUAUUGGAGGCACAGGAUCGGGCAGACGCAAUGAAGUUCUGGUGGUUUUGCUAUCUCUGGUACUGUCUGUCGAUGAUCUCGUCCAAAAUCUCCAUUGGCUGGUUCCUGCUUCGAAUUACCGUCCGAAAGAUCGACAUCUGGAUCAUUUACUUUGUCAUGUUCUGCACCGUCUGCACCGGCGUCGUCUUCUUCUUCGUUACUUUGCUUCAGUGCCAACCGAUCUCCUUCUUCUGGGAGCAGUACACCGGCGCAACCAACGGACACUGCAUCAAUAUGGACGUCAUCAUCGCCCUCACCUACCUCUACAGCGCUUUCAGCGUCAUCUGCGACUUCACCUUUGCGAUUCUCCCCAUCAUUCUGAUCUGGAAGCUCAAGAUGGACCGCAAGACAAAGAUUGCGUUGAUUCCCAUCAUGGCCAUGGCCUGCAUUGCCAGCGCAGCCGUUGUUGUCCGCAUGCCUUUCGUCAAGGACUUCAAAAACAUUGAUUUCUUGUAUGCAACCGUAGAUAUUGCAAUCUGGUCCACCACGGAGCAGGGUCUGGCCAUCACGGCGGGCAGCCUUGCGACCCUCCGCCCGCUGUUCCGCAUGGUCGGGUACCGACUCGGCUUCACCUCCAUGGGCCCCUCCGCGCUGCACGACUCGGAGCGCGGCAACCCCUCCGCCAUGGGCGGACACCUCAAGGACGUCAGCAACAACAGCAGCGCCAGCCGCCACCAACGGCGCGGGCCGUUCAGUCUCACCACCUUCAUGGCCAAGGACGACGCCGAGGCCCACGAGCUGGGCAGCAACAGCGACCAGGGCGAGAACCAGAACAAGUUUUCCUCGGGUAAGCGCCGCGUGUGGGAGUCGCAGGGCAAGCGCGACAACGAGAGCGAGACAGAACUGACCUUUGAAGCCUCCAAGGAGUCAAGUCAAGGGGGCGACAGGGGGGCCGGCGACAACCGCGAUAUCGUCGUCGUGCAGACCUUCUCGUUGAGGGAAGAUCGGUUGUAG